AUGCCGCCGAAGCGCAAAGCCGCCGCCUCAGCUAGCAACGACUCGCCACGCCCCGCCAAAGCCCGCAAAGGCCCCAACGGCGCCGUCAGCACGCUGAUCCCAAUCGGCCCGCGCUCGCGCGCCGUCGUUGGCGUCAAAAACACGGCGAUGCUGCACAUGCUGUGCAACGACACCAAGACCGGUAAGCAGAAGGAGCUGCACUUCAAGAAGCUAGUGCACUCGCAGAUCGACUGGGACAGCGCGGAGGACAUCGCCAAGAUCAACAGCUGGCGCAACCAGCUGUACGGACGCGCGGGGCUGAAGGCCAAGACGGUGACGAUGUGGCACGAGGACGAGAAGGCGUUCCUGGAGCUGUACUUCCAUCUGCUGAUCCUCGAGGGCAUGAAGCAUGGGCUCAUGGUGCCGAAGGCGAAGGAUGUGCUGGACGACUUCAAUGGCUUCUUCGUCGGGAAGGUGUUGACGGAUCGGGAUGGUGUUGAGGCGGAGCCUCGUCAGCCCCGCAAGCAUAAUGCCUUUGUGAGUAAGAUGACUCGUGUUAUUGGCUUGUUGAAGGAGCGGGCGGAGGAUAUGCUCAUUGGGAAGACGGGGGACUACUUCCGGCCGAAGAUUACGCCGAAGUUGCUGGAGGAGUACAAGGCGAUGAUGGAGGAGCUGGCGGAGCAGGGUGUCGAGGAGGACGUCUUGAACCCCCAGGAGGAUAUGGCGAACGACAAGCGCUACAUCGGGCACUGGAAGAAGUACUUCCCGGACUUGGUGAGCAAAGAUGAUGCGCAGAUGCCGGAUGCGUCCGAUGAGGCUACUCUCGUCAAACGAGAAGCCGAACCGAAGAUGGACGAAGCUGGUGUCGAGUGUGAGACGACCCAGGACAGCCCCGCGUCUUCCUCCACGCUCUCCACCGAAGAGUCUGACUCCGCCGAGCCUGUGACGCCUGGAAAAGACGGUGAGCAGCCCAUCGGCCAAUGCUCUCUUUCCACUGUGGUUGACUCUAAAGCAGCGACUAUCACCGCCGCCGCGGAGGACGUCCUCGACGCAGAAGGUGAGACCACUCUUAUCGCUGAGGAAGUCGUUGUCGUUAAGGUCGAUGGUUCAUCAACUCGCCAUCCGGAGGAAGAAGCCAUUGAGUGGAGCGACUCUGAGAACGCCUCCGCCGUUGCGAAGGAGAAGGACGGUGAGAACUCCCGUGUUGUCACUACUGACUCCCUGACAACCGAUGCUGACAUCUUGGAAGCAGCAUCGACCCUUAUUUCCAUGUCGCUCCAUCCAACGCCGGCCAUGCAGUUUCUCUAG